UCUUCCUCUGGAUAAAAAGAGCUGUAGAUGAUUAUUUUUUUGAUGGAGGUGUUUCCGUUUUCUUGCAUUCACUGAUGUAAGUGCAAAGGAUUAUUUGCAAAGGAAAGACCCGCACAAGCUCUCAUGAUACACAAAGAGAAGUAGUCGACUGAAUUCUUUGAAACAGAAUACAAACAAAGCAGAUGAUGACGAAGGAAGAAGACAGUUUUCGAUAUCUAAGGACAUUUCCACAGGUGUUUCCUGUGUUUAGAGUUCGUUCUCAAAGUGACACAUCUGGAUUCAAAUCCAGAAUAAUGACCAGACUCCACUCAGCCUGUUCAGUGGAGGGACUGGAAAAAUCUUCUCUGGCCAACUGUGAUGUGGUUGGAAGUUCGCAGUCUCCUCAGCUCAAAGGAAAGGGGAAACUCUCGACUUUGGGCAAGAUCUUUAAACCUUGGAAAUGGAGGAAGAAAAGGACCAGCGAUAAGUUCCAGGACCUCUCCAAAGUGUUGGAGAGGAAAAUAUCCACCAGACAAACUCGAGAAGAGCUCAUAAGGAAAGGUGUCCUUAUACCUGACCAAGAUGAUCCUUUAAGCACAGAGACCUUGAACGGUCAUGCCGUGCCUAGUGAAGUUACUGAAAAGGUCAAAGUGGACAUUGAGACACAAGACAAGGUCCGUGAAGAAAAGGCAGAGUUGGCAGCUGUUGCGGAAGACCCAGAAGAGAGGAAUGACAUCAAGAUCAGCCCGCAGGCCACUGUGUCAGACGCUCCAAAAGCCCCCGCUAAAAAACACCAGGUCAUUCCCCCAAAGCCCUCCGCUGAGGCCACGGGCACAGGUGUGAAGAGAGGGGGCCAAGCAGGGGCUAAAAAAGUGACCAAAAGCACCAGUAAGCAGGUCUCCUCCACGCCUCCAUCCAAGCAAACCACUCGAAGUGCCACUCAUGGCAAUGCUAAAUCUUCCAAUCCUAAGAAAACUGCAGUCACAUCCAAGAAUUCCACUCAAACUUCAGGACAAUCGUCUUCAGCGACCUGCUUGAAGACCCCAAAGAACAACAAAGCGCAACUCACAGCAGCAGAAACAAAGUCCGUCAAGAAAGCUGAACCUUCCAGGUCACCGCGGCCCCCUCCCAAACCCUCGUCUUAUAUGGGUAGCUCUCCUCUGGAAAGCUCCUCUAAAAAGGACCAAAAGAAAAAAGUGACCUCUAAUACUAAUGAGAAGUCAGUUGAGGAGACAUCUCAGGAUGGGAAGGGUGCCAGUCAUCCUGCAGAAUCCUCUGUAGAGCUGGACAAAAAGAAGCCACAUGUUAACGAUGCAACAGAGGAAACGGCCUUCACUGGAUCCUCACAUGAACUUUUCUCAGACAUUUUAAAUGAACCUGUAAGCGCAGAGAGUGAAGGAGAAAAGGAAAAGACAACAGCAGACCAAACACAGAGGGUUGUUGGGACUGAGGAAGUAGAGAGAACACAAACUGUCAAUGUGGAAAGCCCAGAGGUGACGGUCAUUCCUGACUCCAUUAGAGAAAACCAGGCCAAUGACUCUGAUUCAGAUGGACCUAUACUCUACAAGGAUGAUGAAGAGGAGGAUGAAGAUGAUGAUGAAUAUACCUCUAGCUCCCUUGCGAGCAAAAUUCACCGCAGAGACACACUUGCCAUUAAAAUUGGUAACAGGCCUAGCAAGAGGGAGCUAGAAGAGAAGAACAUUCUCCCCCGGACGUCAGAGACAGAGCGACAGGAACUACGGCAGCAGAUCGGCUGCAAACUAGUGAGACAGCUGAGUCAGAGGCCCACCACAGAAGAGCUCGAACAACGAAAUAUUCUGAAACAAAAAAAUGAGGAAGAAGAACAAGAGGCCAAGCAGGAGAUUAAAAGAAGACUCUCCCGAAAGCUAAGUGUGCGGCCCACAGUUGCAGAGUUAGUGGCACGAAGAAUCUUGCGGUUCAAUGAAUACGUGGAGGUCACAGAAGCAAAAGACUAUGAUCGGCGUGCUGACAAGCCGUGGACCAGGUUAACCCCUGCUGACAAAGCUGCUAUACGUAAAGAACUCAAUGAAUUUAAAAGCAAAGAGAUGGAGGUCCAUGAAGAUAGCAGACAGUUUACCAGGUUUCAUCGGCCCUGAGGCGGUGCCUGGUAGUGGGGGUGCUGGAAGACCGCUAACUUGAGGCUCUCUCUUCCUGUCUCUUCGCCAUGCUCCCUGCUGAGAGGCUAACAGACUGACUCCCUGCAGCAGCCGGCGAUUCUCUGGCACUGGCUGCGCUCCCUGCUGGCAGUCCUGUCUUUGGUUUUUGUGUUCAGCCACUGGGGGGCUCAAGCAUGGUUAAAGAAGGGACUGGAAUGCCAUUGCAAGCUGAAAACAGAGAGAGAAAGAGAGGGACCUUCAAACAAGAUAAAGCAAUGCAAUUGUUCCAACCAAUUUUUUCAUAUCUGUUAUUUGAAUUUUUUGCACACACUAAGGACAAGACUUGCACUCUUUUCAUUUACAGUGUCCCUGAUAUUCUUUCAAGGUAAAACUUCAGCACAUGCAGUGACUCAUUCUUGUAUUGUUUGCACUCAGCAACACUGCAGCUCGGAGGAUUUUUUUGGUUUGUUUUUGUAUAUACUAAAUUUUUCUUGCAGUAUUCCAGUGCAGAGUCCAGUAAUAUCUAUGAAUAUCCAUGCAUGUGAAAAACAUUUUAUAAGACAUAUGUACCUGGUUCUUGCCAUCAGUGUACCUUAAAAUCGAUAUUGAGGUCCAUUUGGACAUCACAAGGUCCAGGAUUAUUACUGCCAUUAUUCAUCUGUAUCCAGAUUAAUAAAGUCCUCAAUAUAAUAGAAUGUAAUCAGAUUUAUGUUGUGCCUUGACCGUGUUUUUUGUUUAAAUGUCUGAUUACUUGAUGUACGUGGUCAUGUUGUAACAUAUCUGUAACUGCUGUUCAGGAAAAGAAUCUAAUCAUGUUUAUGACAUAAUCCAUGUUUAUGUACCUGUUUAAGAAUUUAUUUCCCCUAAAUGUUAUCACAGUUUUCCCAAAGUUACUGCUAAUGUCACUGAUUUUGGCUUUUCAAAAAUGUUAAUUAAUUGGAGGAUUUUAUUGUGCCUAGCCAUACCCAAGUUGUUACAAGUAAGAUCAUUUAGUUGAAAAGUAGUUUUACUCUCAAGAUUGGAAAGAGCUUCUCCAAUAUAUAAAAAGGCAGAUUUUAGUCCACGAUGAAAUGUGUCAAUAUUGCAUUACUGCACGUUCUGGUGCUUGAUAUAAUUGUCAGGUCAGAUGUCAAAGGUAGAAUUUGCUGGACGGGCACUCGUGUCCAGCUUUGUGAGUUUUUCUAUUUUGUUUGUUAAUAUAGUUAGAAAUUGGGGAAACUAUUUUAAAUUAUUUCAAAUCAAUUGUACAGACUAUGUAUGAUACUGUAUAUGUUAAUACAUCCAGUAUAUUGCA